AAGGUGAAGGCAGCUGCGCCAGUCGCUCGCACGAGAGAGAGCUGAACGUACACGCUUGCGCCGAAACGCAACGCUACGCCGCGAUUGGCCGCGCGCGCAUCGCCUUAGUGCACUCCUGCACCGUUCUAAAUUCAAAAACUAGUGAUGUGAUUAAAACUAAUAAAAAAUAAAAAAUAAACAGUGCUGUGCCAGUGUUUGACGAUACAUCCCCAUUCAGUGAUCGGAGAUUGUGAGAAUUUUUCUCGUUAUUUGACAUACAUAUGACGUGAAUAACGGUGCGGAGAUCCGACGGUCGAUCGACUCGCUAAAAUCAAAGUGCUAGUGUUUCUUUUGAACAGUGUACCGGAAUUUUACGGACUUGCCUAAGCAAAGAUUCGCUGUACGUUGCAGAAGCCUCGCCAAUAUUUAAGAGCAAUGUCGCGGUGGAAGGGCAUAGUGAGGUAGCCGGCAGAUGGCAGCAGUGAGUGCGAUGUUCCGCCCCGGGGGCACGAUAGACCCCUACGGUACACAACGGAUAUAUGACACUACAGACAACACGCGCCAGAAAAAAUGGUCAUCGAAAUUAAAACUCAACACAUCUGGAAGCACGAAGUCAUCCGAAAGGUCUCCGGAGAGUUCAUAUAUGUAUGGGACUAUAGGGCCUGGUGGAUCAGCGCUUUCUAAAUCAAUGAAAUAUGCUGAGACUUGGCUCUACGGGUCGGUUCGGACCCAAACUCCUCCUAUCAGACCCAGCGUCUUUUCUGCUUAUCCAGAAGUCUCUGGUCCUGUUCUAAUAAGCACUCCACAAAAGCCGCAACCACACAACUAUGCUGUUAUAUUAUGUUCCUGUCCUGAGUAUCUAAACGGUACCAAGAAAACCAGUUCAACCAAAGUCAGUAUAUGUAAGAAAUGCAAAGGAUCUCGUUUGCCAUUGACGAUUGCUGACAGCCCACGUCUUUUAGUAGGUGGUACAGUUAGAGGACCUCAAGUGAGUCGAGAUGCCGGAAUACUCAGAGCAGGGACAGUAAGAGUCCAAAGUUCAAAGUCACGACCUUCUAUUCUCAAACCAAAUGGAGAAGCGGAUCCUUACGAUUUGAUGCGACGAAGCAGACUAGCACCUCCUCAUGAAGCUCGAAUUGGAAGUCAGUUUUCAACAACACGUUCAAGAGCUAAAAGUAUUAGUCCGUGUCGAAUAAAAAGUAAAAGACCUAGCCCUGAAACGCUAAGAAAAAGUAGAAGUAAGUCUGUGAGUAGAGUUAAUGAAAUAUGGAUUGAAGAGGAAGAGAAUACAAUUGACUCAAAAAAAUCAAUAUUAUCAUGUGACAUUAAUCCAUAUGACUUAGUAAAAGCUGAAGGUAAUUUUAAGUCAAUGGCAGAAAUUGAAUUUGAUGAUGAUUAUGGUGAUAUUUUUCAAAAGUCUUUAAAAAAUUGCAAUGGUAGACAAAUAUCCAAAUCAAAAUCAGAUUCUAAUGUCAAAGCUAUUAAUGGACAACGGAUCAGAAUUUCUGAUGAAAUCAAAUCAUGCACAGUAGAAGAAGUUACAGUUUAUGACCCCGUUAAUUAUGAUCUCAAAAAAUAUGAACACAAAUCAAAAGAAACUUCUCCUGUUUCUUUACCAAAUAUUAAAAAUGAAAAUAAGAAAUCACUUUCGUUAGGUAAGACUUCUGGUAAAAAAAUAUUAAAUAUAACCACGGCAAAUCGUACAAAACAAAAAAGUAUUUCGCCUAAACGUCCACCGAGACGAAUACGAAAUGUCAACAAAACAGAUGACGACAGUGAGAGCGAUAACCAACGUCUGCCAGAAAAGAGUUUCAGUAAAAGAAUUGAAAGUUCGAGAAGCUAUAAUAAAUAUAAAAGUCAAAACACAGACACUAUCAAAUCUAUUCUGAAAAAGCCAAGAAACAGUAAUAUGAGCGAUACUUUCACAAAAACAGAAACAUCUGAUGAUUCAUUUGAAUCCAAAAGAAUAAAUUCCUCACAAUUUUACUUACCUAAGCCUAAGGAUAAAUAUGCGACACAAAAUAUUUAUCAACGCAAGCGUGUACAGUUUCUAGUUGAGAAAGAAGAAACUAGGGUAAUAUAUACUGCAGAGCUUAACCUGGAUCAAAAAACCAUAACACAAGUAACUGAAAACAUUAAUGUAUUGGAAGCCGAAGAAGAUAUCACCGCUCAAGGAGAUGUUGUGAGCAACAGUCUUAUUCAAAUAGAUAGUAAUGAUUUGACGGAGCUUAUUAACCAAGAAUUUAAACCUGAUGCGGGAAUUUACGAAGAUGUUCAAGUUAACAAUUCACUGGAAACAUCUGUUGAUGACAAUAAUCAGUCAGUAUCCGAAAAUAUUGGCACAAUUAUUGCCGAAGCUAAUGUAAAUAGUACUCCAGAUAAUGACAUACCAAAAAUACCGGUAAUAUUGCGUCGUUCUGAAUCAGAGCGCGUUACUUCUACUAUUUCAGUAUCACCACCAAAAUUUUUGGAUACCAUGGCUUUACGACCUAAAACUAAACACGGCCAUACAAGUCAAGUCUUUUUAACGUCAAAUAAUGAAACAGAGCAAUUUGAAACAGAGACGUACUUGAAGGAAAAAAUUAAGAAGCAGCAAAAUUUUAUUAACGAAGAGAAAGAAGAUUGCAGCAAUUCGCUGCAAAAGUAUUGCAAUGAUAAAAUAGAAUCAGGAAAUCUAAGUGACAGUAGUGAUAUAACGAGAACCAUUUUAAAUGAUCUACGUCGAGGUAUUAUAGAAUCUCCUGAACCACCUCCAAGACUAAAGUCCAAGGAACGAUCGAAGUCAAAAAAGCACAACUACGUUAAAACACGUUUUGUUCGUAAUAACUCCAUGAGUUCUACGAGCGACGAAUGGUCUGACGCAAAUGAUUAUGAACAAAAGACAAUUUUAAGAGUAAAACAAUUUGAUUCAGAUGAAACGGAUAAUCAAAAAGAGGCAACUAGUGUAAUGAAAUUUACACAAAAUGAACCCAGAAAAACAUCAAUACAAAUAAAUGGAAAUGAAUGUUAUUCUACCAUGAAUGUGAAUAAUGAUACACCUAUUUACUUGUCAUCUGUGGUUGUAAAUGACGAUUUUGGAAAUACUUGCAACACCUACCAAACAGGUACCACAGUUACAAUUAGUGUAGGCACUCCCCAAAAAGAAAUUAAAAAAUCGAAAAGUCAGAUUUAUAUAGGAGCAGUACUCUCGGAAGGAGAGAGAAAAGAAGACAUAAACACAUAUGAAGAGUAUUGUAAUGACAUUAAUAAAUUGAAAACAAGUAACAGUUCCGGAGAUUUGUCGACAAUUCUUGGUAAUCCUGUUGAAGCGGUGAGACUUAAUUUAAUACCACAUGUAUGUGGUAAAACAGAUGAUCAUUAUUCUAAUCAAGACGAGCAGCACAAAUCAAAUACAAAUGAUAACAAUAAAGGAGAUAAAAGUAACUUUGUCACAAAAAUUUUUGAUGAUCCCUUCUUUGGCCAUUUAGCUGAAGGUUUAGAAGCAGAUUUGGUUAAGAGACUAAUUGAAAACUCUUUGAUAAAACUUCAAGAAACAAAACAUCAAGGAUCGGAAGAUAACAGUAACGAAGUAGAAAAGCUAAUAGAGUGUUCACUGAAAAAUAUGAAAGCGGAAAUGCAGAAAAGUGAAAGUACGAACAAUGAUAACCAACAAAUAAAUGAAGCCAACACGGUAAAUGGUGACCUUAACAAAGCGGAAGAAACCGAUAGUAAUAUAAAUCAAGAGCAUGAGCAUGACGACAUUGGAAGCUCUGCUCCCUAUGAAAGUAUGGAGUAUGAGACUGGGGCUAUGGGAUUAUUUUCAGACCUCGAACCAAUGUCUGACUGUUACAAUGCGUCAGCUAGUGAGUUAUCUACUGAAGAUGACACCAAUUCUACACGGUCAAAAUUUUAUCAGAUGUUGGUAGACGCUGCCAUGUGUGAUAUCGAAAUAGCGAAUAACACCGAUGAUGAUCACCAUUAUGAAUCUAUUCGACUUAAUGCAGAUCCAAUUUAUGAAGAAAUUGGUGAUAUGCCACCGCCUUUGCCAUCCAACCCUCCACCAAAUUCCUUACUUAUUUUAGAUGAUGAGAAACGGAGUGGUUCUCGAUCAAUAUUUGAAGGUGCUUCAAAGUAUGAUAUUUUGUCAUAUUUGGUAGAUGCUAAAGAAAGAGGCAUUGAUGAUGAAGAAACGUAUGUUACUAGUUAUGUCAAUGGCAAUGAUUCCUCUACGUUACUAGACACAUCAAAAGAUAAGAGUAUGGCUAAUGCAAUUAACGCACAUUUGAGCAGCAAUACCAGCCAAUUAUCAAAUGCUUCAGAUUCUAGUGAAGAUAAUUCUCUUAUUAUUAACCACGAAUCGUUGGAGAAAUCUGUAGUUUGUAAAAAAACUUCUGCUGAGAUUGAAAGAAAUGAUUCAGGUGUAGGUUCAGAAACAAGUAAAUCUUCAAGAAGCAGAUUGCAGGGGAAAAGUUCACCCUGCGGCACGAUUAUUGAUAAGGACACUCCAAUACAUCUUUGCGAAGACUGUGAUUCAGCUGUUGAAACUCAAAUUACAGAUCAAGGUACAAUAUAUGCUCCUUUAGUAUGUCGAAAAUGUGCAAAGAAGAGGGCGGAAAGAAAGGAAAUCCUCACAGAAAUUGUUGAGACUGAAGAAAAAUAUGGGCGAGAUUUACAAAUUAUUUUGGAAGAAUUUUACAAGCCCAUGUUGGUAGCUGGACUUUUGACACAAGAACAACUAAGUGCAAUAUUUUUAAAUGUAGAGGAAUUGAUUGAAAAUAAUCAAGUUUUAUCUGAAAAGUUACGUGACGCCCUUGAAAUUGCUGUCGAACAAGGAGAUGAGGAUCUUUUAACUGUAAAUGUUGGUAAGAUCCUUCUGGAGUGCUCAGGCAUGCUCACAGCAUUCCAGUCGUACUGCGUCAAACAAGCGGGCGCAGCUCUCCUGCUUGCGGGCCUUGAGAAGGAGAAGGAACUGCUGAGGAUAUUCUUACGCGUCUCGCAGAUGGAAAACACCGUCUUGAGGCGGAUGAAUCUUAACUCAUUUCUCAUGGUGCCAGUACAACGCGUGACAAAAUAUCCCCUCCUUCUCUCGCGAUUAUAUCGAGCUACAGCGGCUUGCGCGACUGAACGCGAAGAUGUUCGAGCAGCGCAACGCUGUGUAGAAUCAAGACUUGAAGAGAUCAAUUCUGCGGCUGCAGCAGCGGCUGCUGCGGCAAGAGACGUGCCACUGUGGCGCCGCUUGGCAGUCGCUAGAAGAACUGCUCAUGAUUUACAUGUCGCUGAUAUAAGGCUGAGAAAGAUGGCCGUCGACGUUCUAGAUUGGAAUCAUGAUGAUGCCAGGUUCGCAAUGGAAGGCAAGCUGCUGUUCACCCAGCCAAACGACAAUAACUGGAGGAAAGGGCGUACGAUUAAGCUGACUCCUAUCAACGCCCUUUUGGUAACUAAUGGAAAGCCAACGACUACCCACAAAACGAACGAGAUACGCGAAACGCGCGAAGCGAGAGACCGCGAAGCGAGGGAAAGAGAAGGGGAAGCGUUAUUCGCACGGAGCGGAGUGAGAGAGGCUGCACUUCUACUUGUGCGGGAGAAGGCGGGAAGAUACACUUUGCAGAGGGAGCCACUGUUCCUCGAUAGAUGCGUGGUGGCAGCUGACCACGAACCGGAGCAUUUCUUCGAAGUUCACGAGAUUACUACGAAGGAUUCUUAUAUUUUUAAGUCGGAAGAAAACUCUCGAACAAGAACAUGGUACCGUCAGCUGCAGUAUCACGCACAGGGCGCAGGCGCAUGGCGGAAACGACGGAACGCUCUAGCGAAUAUCAUGAUAAAUCCUAUGUUAACGAGAAAUUAAUUUAUGAUACAUUUAUCUUUUUCGUUGCAUUCAUUUUUAAUUUUCAAUGUUCAUAGUCUAGCCCACUGGCGAUAAUAAUAUUUGACAAAUUGUGGACUCGAAAAUUUAUUUUGUAUAUAAAAUAAAAUGUGGUGCAACUAGAAAGUAAUAUUUUUAUUGUCUUUUAAUAUGAAACGGGAUAAAGUAAUCAAUGGUGUGGUGAAUUCUAAGAGUUAAAUGUUACGAUUAUACUUACUAUUGAUUUAUUUUACAAAAUGUUCAUGAAGCUAUCGAUUGCCGUUUUGAAUUUAAUGAUAUUUUAAACAUAAGACAAAUUCAAAUUAAAAUGCAUUUCAUAUUUAUAUUUAUAAAAUAUUAUAUUAUUCAUAUCUAUCAUCCGCGUAUUCAUCAAGAUUAUGAGUCAAAAAAGAAAAAUCAUAAUAUUUUUAAGCAAUUUGAUUUUGAUAACCGUCGAAUCAGAAAUCCAAAUUUAAGCCAUGAUAAAAUAAUUUUUUCGUGUAUUUUCCGUAAUCUGCGAGCAUUGUAAGCAUCUGUCAACAGUUAUCUUCUCCGUGUUAUAUUAAUUUGUAAAUAUAUAAAACAUCCUGCCACUAGUUUUAGUUGUAGCUUUACACCAAAAUAUAGUUUUCCAUUAACAUUGUGCCCUAAUUAUUGUAUUAACAUCAUAGCUUAAGAAAUAUGUCUUGUACAUAAUUUAAUUUCAUAGCUGUGAUAAACUACUCUCUUUGAAGAGAAUGAUUGUAAAGAAGCAUGAUUUAUAUAAUAUAUCUCACUUCAUUUCUAUUUUUUCAAUAUAUGUUAUAAUAUAGACGAAAUAUGACGUAACUUGGUCUAUUCUAAACUUAUAGUGAUAAAUAAAAUACUUAUAAUCAUAAUUUACUGACUAGUCUUAAGAAUUUUCUGUAAUAAAAUCUACUUAUUUAAAAAAAAACAAUACUAUAAUACUUAUAUAAAAAUGUAAUGUAUUUAUUAUAUGUAUCAUUUUAGAGUAAGUUAAAAUUGAUGUUUAGUAAUAAUUCUAUUUCACCUUCGAUUAUUUUAUUUGUUGUG